AACACAUUCUGGGGGGAGCAUAUUAAGAACGAAUUGGGCAAUCUCUUUAAUCGGGGGGCCACUAGUAGCAGCACCCAACAUACUAAUUGCGACAACGACAGUUCUUUAGAUAAUGCAAAUAAAGAAGCUUGCAAACUGUUUACUGCUAAAUUAGAAUUUAUGUACAAAAAAUCAAAUGGUGCCACUAAGGGACUGUCUGAUCAAAUGAUAAAUUGUCUUUUGUUAAAGGAAUAUGCUAAAAAAUUAAAUGAACAAGCAAAAGAAAAAGGGUACUGUAGCAUGGAGGAUGGAAUGAAGAAAGCUUUCAAGUCAUGGAAACCAACUACUGAUGGUAAAUGCACGAACGGUAGUGGUCCGUGCAUUGAAUGUAAAUGGGAUGAUGAGGACUAUGACCACUGCAAAAUUGACACCAGUAGCACCAGCAAUGACAGUGUAGAGAACAAAGUGAAGGAAUUGUUCAACGACAGGGACCAAACGAAGGACCCCCAAAUACAACAAACCUUGGCUACCUUCAAUAAAGAAAAUACCUUAUGCAAACGUAUAGAAUGUGCAGCCAAGUCGUAUGAGAACAACGGGGGACAGGGGAGUGGAAAGGGCACAUUCUGGAAUGAGCAUGUGCAGAACUUGUGGAAUGAAUUGGCAGGGAAAAUGAAGGAUAAUGGGGGGAAAGGGAACGGGGAUUGUGAAGAAGUGAAGGAUGGAACUGAUAAUAGAACAGCAACUCCUUCUGAAAAGACGGCAUGCAAUUAUUUGCAUGCCGCCUUAAAGCAUCUGUAUACGACGCUGCCGUCGUCGUCGACAGACGGCAUCUGGAAGAACAACCCGUCGUUGAGACAAGCGAUGGGUUGUUUCUUACUUCAUUUAUAUGCAAAACACAUGAAAGAAAAAGCAAUUUGUAAUAUUGAAAAAGGGAUAAGCAGAGCUUUCGAACUGGGAGAUAAACUCAGUAAUGGUAGUACUAAUGGUAAUUGCAGUGGUGCCAAGGGACCUUGUGUCCCUUGCAAAUGGGAUGAAAACAUCCUUAGCACUUGCGAAAUUAAAGCAAAUGGAAGCUCUGACCCAGAUGAGAAGGUUGAGAAGAAAUGGGACGGCAUCGUCACGAAGGACGAUGCCGCUGUGACGGCAGCGGCGAAAGAAAUGAAUGAAGUGAAAGACUUAUGUAAACGCUUCCAAUGUAUAUCUGAAAGAUGGUUAAAAGACGUCAAAAAGAAGGGGCAGAAUGGCGACCCCCUGAAAGCAA